UCGGAAGCCACCCCUGUGGCUCACUUCCUUCCCCUCGCCACCACCCACGCCCAACAGAGGGAGGUGGCUCCAGGGCUGGGGGCAAAGGGCCAACCAGGUGUCCCUAGAGUCAGGACACUGGAUUCCUCUUGCCCUUUGUGUAGCCUUUCCCUGUGAUGCCCUUCUCUUGCCCUCAGUUUCCUCCAUAUUAGGGAGAAAGCCAUAAUAACCACCUGAGGAUAAAUGAGGAUAAAUGUCCAGAGGAUAAAUGAGAUCAUGUAAGCAGCGACUGCUCAGCUGAAGCUGUGGCCUACUGUGAAUUUGAGUACAAAUUUGAGGCGAGAUGAAGGAACAAAGGAGUUCUAGAAUAGCUCUCAGCCCGGGAAUCCAGAAUGCCUUAAGACUUCAGCAGAGCCCUGGUCCCUCCUCCACAAUGUGGCUUCUCCUCACCUUCUCCUUGCUGCUGAUGUCUGCAGCCUCGCAGGACGGCAGGGACAAGAUACCGAGAGGUGAGGCGUGUGCACCCCACUCCCAGCCGUGGCAAGUGGCCCUCUUCGAGCGUGGACGUUUUAACUGUGGUGCUUCCCUCAUCUCCCCACGCUGGGUGCUGUCUGCAGCCCACUGCCAAACCCGCUCCAUGCGAGUGCGGCUGGGCGAGCACAAUCUGCGCAAGCGCGAGGGCCCAGAGCAACUGCGGGCUGUUUCCCGCGUCAUCCCACAUCCGGGCUACGCAGCGCGCGGCCAUCUCCAUGACGUAAUGUUGCUGCGACUAAGCCGGCCCGCGCUCCUCUCCCCGGAAGUGCGCCCCGUGGCGCUGCCCACGCGCUGCCCCCGACCUGGAGAGGUCUGCGUGGUGUCCGGCUGGGGCCUGGUGUCUGGCAGCGAGUCUAGGACCACGGGGAGCCGAGAGUCACAAGUGAGUCUCCCAGAUAAGUUGCAUUGUGCCAACAUCAGCAUUAUCUCGGCCGCGUCUUGUAGCAAGGACUACCCGGGGUGCCUGAUGGACACCAUGGUGUGUGCAGGCGUGGAGGGCGGAGGCACGAACUCCUGUGAGGGUGACUCCGGGGGACCCCUGGUCUGUGGGGGCGUCCUACAGGGCAUUGUGUCCUGGGGUGACGUCCCCUGUGACACCACCACCAAGCCUGGUGUCUAUACUAAAGUCUGCCGCUACUUGGAGUGGAUCAGGGAAACGGUGAAGAGGAACUGACUGUUUUGGCCUACCACCUGUGUCUCCGACUGAGCAGAAGCUCCCAUGGCUGGCCAGCAGUCCCGACCUGACCUGGGAUAGAAUUGAGCCAUCCCCCAAGACCCCAUUUGUCCAAGGCCCAGAUGUUAGCCAAGGACUUGUCCCUCUGAGGCCAGAGCUGGUGCUCUAGGUCACCUGUUUAACACCAAGAUAACAGAGCGCUGAUGCAAGUUUCUCUGUAGAACUUUCUGUGACUUUCUUCUGGGGAUGGAGUGAAAUGGAAGCCAGACACUGUCCACGGUUCCUUGUCACCCACUGCACGAAUCCGUAGGUGAGGAGAGGUGGCUUGAAAGAGGGCUCUGUUCAUUCAACACAUAGGAUCAGCUGUGUGAUCUUAAGAAAAAGAUCCAAGCUCACUCAGCCUCAGUUUUCCCAUCUGUAAAACUGGCACUGGGAAAAUAUUCUAUAUCUCUGGACCCCGGUGAAAGGACCCAGCACACAAUAAAUGAUCAAGAAUGA